ACGAGUUUCCUGGAGUGUGUGAAUAAUCGACGAUGGUAGUUAUGAAGAAGAUUAAAGAAGAGAAAAUUUGAAGAGGACAUUGAGUGCAUAGAAAAACUUAUUUUAAGACAGCUUUCGUUGUGACCAUCGUGAGAAUAAUAGCGAAGCAUAGAGUGAUGGAGGACGAGAAACACAGCGAAGCCUCGCCGAAACCCCUUCAACCAACCCCCUUUAGUAUCGCUGAUAUCUUGAGUCGAAAAAACUCUGGCGCGGAUUCGAGAUGUGAUUUGGAGAAAAUCCAGGCCACAGUUUCUAUGUCGAUGAGAAGACACAAUCGUGAAUAUGAACGCGCGGAGAACGAGCAGUUUGACGGAAGUUACGAUCACGAUCAGGUGAUUCAUUAUCAAAGAUUGCCCACCCCAGAGCUGAACAUGGCACAUGAGCUGGAUAUCUUGAGGAGAAACUUGGCGCAGGCGAAUUUAUCAAAUUUCGGAGGCCUCCCGCACUUGACUCAAGGAACUUUUAAGAAUCACUUCGAGGCUCUGGGAAAUCUGACGGCAUAUCAGUCUGUUAAAGAACCGGAAACUUCUCAUAGACAGCAGGAUGAAGCCUUGGACAUGAGUAAAAAUAAAUAUCUAGACGAGGCGGAGGACGACGCGUACGAAUCGCAAAAUUCAGGCCAAAGUUUGCAGAACAGAAAAAAGCGCAGCAGGGCAGCAUUCUCGCAUGCGCAAGUCUAUGAACUGGAAAGAAGAUUUGCUGCUCAAAAAUAUUUGUCGGGUCCAGAAAGAGCAGAUUUAGCGCGUGGCUUAAAAUUAACGGAAACGCAAGUCAAGAUCUGGUUUCAGAAUCGACGUUAUGAAAUUUCAUUAACUGUUAAUUAGGAAUUGGGCGCCCUCGUAAACUCUGGAAGUGCCAGGCGCGUGGCUGUACGCGUUCUAGUACAUCCGGAUGAACAUUUGAGGGGAUUGCCUCUUCGUGGUUCCGGACAACUUCCCGGGCAAAUGUCGAACCCGCAGAUUCAUCCCGCGAACAAAGCGCUCGGUGGUUUCCCGUAUUAUUGUCUGCCAUAUCAUCCGUUACUCUGUCCACCCCUACAUGCCACUCAUGUUCAGGUACAAAGCCCAAUCACAUCCGAUUUCGAUCCAAACCAAAUUUCGAAAAUCAAGGACGAAAAGUGA